GUGACCAUGCAGAGCUUAAGUUCGAAAUCGUGUACCUAUUGAAAGGUAUGAUCGAGUGCUAAGUAAUAAGUUAGUAAUAUUACUUAGGUACUACCGUUUAUACCGAUAUUGCUUAUUACUUCGCUACUGUUCCUAAAAUUGAAAAUUGUGCCUUCAUAGGGGUUGUGCUUCUAUAUUAACGUAUCGUUAAAAGAAAACAACGGCCAAAAUGUUGUUAGGAUGGAGACUGAAAGUUUCAAAAAUAUUCUUCAUUCCCCAAAGGGUUGUCAUGUCCAUUUUUGGUUUUUUGGCUAUUCUCAACUCCUAUACCAUGAGAGGGACAAUGUCAAUAGCAAUAACGGAAAUGGUGGUAACGGUAGCUAGGAAUAGUACCUCAUCUUCAGACGAUACAUGCAGCGGUGAAUCAUCCUCGUCGUCUUCGUCUCAAGCAGUGACGAAUCCCGAUUUACUUUUUGACUGGAAUGAAGCAACGCAGGGGUUAAUUUUAAGUGCAUUUUAUUGGGGCUACGUUGCCACUCACAUACCUGGUGCCUUCCUGACAGAGAAAUUUGGAGCCAAACAAACUCUAGGGAUAGGCAUGCUCAUAACUGCUCUUUUCACACUCUUUACACCACUAAUUACGUUGGCAGGAGGUUGGCAAUGGCUCAUUAUUGCAAGAGUAUGUGUUGGAUUAGGAGAAGGUGUCACAUUUCCAGCACUUACAGCACUCAUUGCCAAAUGGGUUCCUCUUGAAGAACGAGGUCGACUGGGAUCUCUUAUUUUUGCCGGCAGUCAGUUGGGAUCGGUAUUUGGUAACGCUCUCAGUGGAAUAUUAAUCGAAAAAACAGAAACUUGGACCACGGUAUUUUACUUUUUCGGCGGCUUAGGAGUAAUAUGGUUCGUACUCUACUGUGUUCUUGUAUACUCAAGUCCUGGUCAACAUCCUUUCAUAUCUGACGAAGAAAAGAAGUACUUGGACAAUAAAUUGGAGGGUGUAUCAAAAGAGAAGCUCCCAAUUCCAUGGAAGCCUAUUCUACGGUCCGUGCCAUUAUGGGGACUAGUUAUUUGCCAGAUUGGACACGACUGGAUUCUGUUUGCUAUGGUUACUGACCUUCCUACCUAUAUGAGAAGCGUUUUACACUUUAGCGUUUCACAAAAUGGUCUUUUAUCAGCCCUGCCUUAUUUAGUAAUGUGGCUCUUGUCGUUAGUUUUCGGAACGAUAUGCGAUUUUGUGGUUAAUAAAAGCUAUAUGUCGGUUGCAGUAUCUAGAAAAUUCUUUACUACAAUAGCUUCUGCUGGACCAGCGAUAUUCGUGGUUUUGGCUUCGUACGCAGGAUGCAACAGGACUUUAACGGUGGCUUUCUUUACCAUUGGUAUGGGCUUUAUGGGUGCUUACUACUGCAGCAUGAAAGUGAAUGUAUUAGAUCUUUCUCCCAAUUUUGCUGGUGUUCUGAUGGCCAUCACAAAUGGUGUAGGAGCUAUAAGUGGCAUUGUAACGCCAUAUUUGAUCGGUCUCUUGACUCCCGAUCAAACACUUUCACAAUGGCGGAUAGUUUUCUGGAUGAUUUUCGCUGUGACGAUUAGCACCAACAUCGUUUACGUAAUACUCGGAAGUGCCGAAAUUCAGUGGUGGAAUGAGAAAAAGAACGACGAUACUGAAAAAGGUACAAAAAGGGAACAGUCGCUGUCACAAAAAUAGAAAGCUGGCUUUUGGAAUUUAAACAUCAAAUGGAAACACGAAUUGAAGAUAAGAAUAUCAAAUAAUCAUUAUAGGUUCUCAACUUCUUCUUUGUGCUUAUUCAGCAGUCAAAACUUGAUAACAUUUAGAAAUGCAACUUCGAGUAUGGGCAAAGAGUAAAGACAAGUAAAUCAGAUUCAGGUUUUGGUAAUUGAAUUCACUUAUUAAAAAUUUAACAUUACUACAAUAUUUAACUAGGAAUAUUAAAUCAGAAACCUGAAAACGCUACUCAGCGAAUAUUAGUAAGUAAACCAAAAUUAGCAUUUAGAGAUCUUUUGCAAUCCUUCUCAGGUAAUAACUAACGACUUAGAACUUCCUGAGACAAAGAAAAUUUAAAGAAAGUUGAAAUCAUACUGAAAUAAUAGCAUUAAAUAUAACGAUCGAAGCUAUUCCAGAUUCCAAAGAUGUGUUUGAUUUAUAAAGACUUUUGGGCAAUUAGCAGAUAAAAGUACUUGUUUUCUCUUCUGACUCAUUACAAAUGAGUAAGAUAUAUAAAAUCUCUGUUAUAAACGUAUCAGUUGGAAAAACAAAUUGUUCAGUAAUCACGAAUUUAAUUAAACACUUCCCUUGGUUCACAAGGUUAUAUUUUAGGGACUGAAUUUAGUAACCUUCGACAGAUAGAAGAAACUGGUUCGGAGGCGGACGAGAUGUAAGGGUUUUCAAAAAAAUUUGCUUUUUCUAAUGCAUAAAUAAUAUAUUGAGGUAUGAAAGGGAUGCGAGAGGAGAAGCAGGCCGGAGAGGGAGGGGGAGAUUAAAAUAAAAUAUUUAAAUUAAAAGAUUCUGGGGUAUGUGGUUACGUAAGUUCGAUUACGGUGGAGAAAAGUUUUUCUGAUUUCCUCACUUUAUGGAAUGGGGUCAAAAUUUGGUCUUUUUAUUUUUCAAAGUCAGUUUCCGCACCUCCCUCUAGCAGGGGAAAGGUUUUGGUAUCCCUCCCUCCAUUCGCCCGGUUACUUAACCAGUCCCAAUUAUCGCAGUAUCUAUUUACAGAAAAAAACAUAUUUAUACCUGAUCUGUCGACUGGAACGACUUCUGUACUUUCAUUUUUAUGAAUCACCUUCUUUCUAUUUAGAACAACAAAUUAUGUCGUCUUUUCGUUCUUAUCCCAAAUUAUUAUGUACACGUACAAAUCUAUCACCUAUGAUAUAUAAAUUACACAUUGAGAACCACAAUGCAAACAUCAGGAUUAAUCAUCAAAAUUUAUGUUUAAUAGUAAGGAUUGUGUAAAUAGAUGUAAUUACUUAAUUUAAAUUGUUAAUAAGCAUGUAAAAUGUUUACGUUUGUAUGGAUGUACUGUAGUUUUAACGCUGUACAGUGCUGUAACCAAAGACUGAUUAAUAAAUAUAUAAUUAGUU